AUGUCGGGUUAUCCGGGCCAGGGUUAUCAGGGAGGUUAUCAGCACGGCGGUCCGCCGCAGCAGCCUUACCCGCCUCAGGUCCAGGGCGGUUACUACCCCCCGCAGCCUAAUUAUAAUACAUACCAGCCGGGGCCGCCCCGCCCGCCUCCGGGCCCCGGUUAUGCUUACCAUCCCCAGCAGCCUUCUUCCCAACCUUACGGCUAUAACCGCCUGGUAUGUCAACCAUACAAUGGCUACGGCCCACCACAGCUCAGCUACGGCAAUAGGCCAACAAUGCCGACUGCAAACUCGAACGCCUACUCCCACGGAAACCACAACGCCCCUGCUCCACCUCCGACAACGCCGCAGCAGUUUGGCCAUGGGGCUCCGAGCAACUACUCGUAUCAAUACUCCAACUGCACGGGCAGGAGAAAAGCUCUCCUCAUCGGCAUCAACUACUUCGGUCAGCAUGGCCAGCUGCGGGGCUGUAUCAACGACGUGAAGAACAUGUCUGCCUACCUGGUGGAGAACUUUGGCUAUAAGCGAGAAGACAUGGUCAUCCUCACCGACGACCAACAGAAUCCCAUGAGCCAGCCCACCAAGCAAAACCUCUUACGAGCCAUGCAUUGGCUGGUCAAGGAUGCAAGGCCGAACGAUUCUCUCUUUUUCCAUUACUCGGGCCACGGCGGCCAAACGAAGGAUCUCGAUGGGGACGAGGAGGAUGGUUAUGAUGAGGUCAUAUAUCCCGUCGACUUCCGACAGAACGGUCACAUCACCGACGACGAAAUGCACAGGAUCAUGGUGAAGCCUCUGGUUCCCGGCGUGCGACUCACAGCCAUUUUCGACUCGUGCCACUCGGGCACCGCCCUCGACCUCCCCUACAUCUACAAUACGCAAGGCAUUCUCAAGCAGCCGAACUUGGCCAAGGAAGCCGGCCAGGGUCUCCUCGGUGUUAUUUCCUCCUACAGCCAGGGAGACCUGGGCGGUGUUGCAAGCAACCUCGUGGGCUUCUUCAAGAAGGCCACCAAUGGCGAGGAGGCUUAUAACCGCACCAUGGCUACCAAGACGUCCCCUGCAGACGUUAUCAUGCUUUCGGGCAGCAAGGACGAUCAGACGUCUGCCGACGCCACCAUCGCCUCCCAAGCAACAGGCGCCAUGUCUUGGGCCUUCAUUACCUCCCUCAAGAAGAAUCCGCAACAAAGCUAUGUCCAGUUGCUUAACAGCAUCCGAGACGAGCUCGCCACCAAGUACACACAAAAGCCUCAGCUCUCAUGUAGCCAUCCUCUCAGUAAGUUGUGGCCGGUGUUUGCGGGUUUAAAUACUUUUUAUCUAUAUGUACUGAUCCGACGACGUCAGACACGGAUUUGCUAUUUGUCAUGUAGACUUCCACCAGAACGUCGCAUGAUUUGCCACAUCGGCUAUGAGAAGCUACAUGGCAACGCUUGUUGCGGGCUAAACGACGAAUAUCCAUCCCGUAUGAUAGAGAAACAGAGACAAGUGGGAAGCGAAGCGAAGUGGGUUCCAGCAGUACUUGUUUAUGUUGUUUGA